GCCGCUUCCACUUUUUGGAUUGCGACAUAAAUAUUAUUCUUACCAUUAAACUUGAAGGACUUAUUUUUAAUAAAAACAAACAGCACUUUGAUAGUUUUUCAAAAUGGCCCGUGCAAGGUGUAGGACUCCCCCUCUUCAGGUACACUUUGGGAACUUGUAAUUUUUUCUUCUUCUCGGUGAGGACAUCAUUCGGAGACUGGGAUUUCUUUUCUUUUUUGAAAUUAUUAAUAACCUGGAUAACUCGUCGUCGAGGAAGCGCCUCAUGUUGCCUUGGGUGAGCGUAUUCGCGCCGGACACUUCCACCGUCACGAGAAGCGUCUCCUCGCCGGAGCCGUGUGCGUAAAAGGCGCACGGGGGGGCCGCAUAGGAGUUCCAGGAAGGCGGCGGCGGUGGUGGUGCUGGUGCCCCCCUCCACCUACCCCCGCCUUCUUUCCUCUAUCGGUCGAGCGGAAGCAGGUGUCAAGAUGUCGCCGCUGCCUUCCAGGUUCUUUUACCUGUGUUUACAUUUCCUGGUCCUCUAUUUUCAACUGCAGGAGUCGCAGCAGAGCUCUGCAGACUUCCGUUUCUACAUCGAGAACCACACAAGGAACCCGGACGACCUGAGUCGCAAGCAGGUCCGCAUCUAUCAGCUGUACAGCCGGACCACGGGCAAGCACGUACAGAUCCUCGGGAAGAAGGUCAAUGCCAACGGCGAUGAUGGGGGCAAGUAUGCUCUUUUGGUGGUGGAGACGGAAACGUUCGGUAGCCAUAUCCGAAUCAAGGGCAAAGAGAGCCAGCACUACAUCUGCAUGAACGAAAAAGGCAAAAUAGUCGGGAGGCCUGACGGUGGGAAGCAGGAGUGCGUAUUCGUGGAGGAGUUCCUGGAGAACAACUACACGGCACUAGUGUCAGCCAAGUACAAAGGCUGGUACCUGGGCUUCAACCGCAAAGGUCGACCCAAGAAGGGCUCGCGCACCACCCAGCGCCAGCAGGAGGUCCACUUCAUGAAGCGGGACCCCAAGGGCCGCGAGGACCCGCUGGAAGAGUUCCGCUUUACCCCCGUCACCAAGCGAACGCGGCGAGCCCGACGGCUAAAGAAGAGGAAGAACUGAUCGAAGGCUUACAGACUGAUCGAUCGACAGCACUCAGGAGGGCCGACGCUCCGCGGACAAUCUCGUGUCAAAAGAACAAAUUUUUAUUUUUCUACUUGACGCGUCUCGCCGUCUUAUUUAUACGAACGGAGGAACCGCAGGAAGCGUUUGGGGACGGAGACUUUCUUUCAGAAGGUGACAGUACGCCGUAAAAAGCAGUCGAGCGGGAUUUAUUGGGAUCGUGUUUGUGUUGCCGCACGAUGACGACGACGCCAUAGUUUCCACUAAAGAGGAUGCCGUGGAAACGGGAGGAAAAAGGCGGGACGGACGCCGCCGCUGGAAUGACUGUGUUGCUUUGAGUGCAAUAUUUCACACAGCAUUCGUUUACUCUCUAUUUUUUGUUACUCAAUUCCACAUCCCCCGCCUUUAUCACACGCAGACGCGCUACUGGACUUGCCGGAAAAAAAACUCUCGAGGUUUUUUUUUUGACCGGGACUUUCUCUACCUCCUGGUUUCCUAUUUUCCCGAGUCAUCGGUGAACUCUCCUUGUGAUUUCCACGCGGGAUGCCCCAUCAAUGACUUUCCCGUCUCCUCUUUCCGGUCAUGUGUACUCACCUGUCAACCUUACUAACAACGCGACACACAUUUAUGAUCUUCUUUUUUCAAAUGUAAGCAAAAAAUAAUUUUAUGACUAUUAUUAAGAUAUUUAUUGCCCCCCUUU